AUGAGCGAACGAAUUCGCCGUCGUCGUCUCGAAGCAUCGGAGCAAUUCGCACCGCAGCUCAUCUCAUCACGUCGAGCUCAAGGUGGUCUAUCGCCUGCUUCGAGAAUCCGAAUUGCAGCUGAUGCUCACAGGCAUUCAACAUCUGAUGAUGACAGUGGAUGUGCUUUGGACGAGUAUGCAUGGGUGCCUAGUGGUCUGAAGCCGAAUAUGGUUCAUGCCUACUUCGCCUGUCUCCCGGAAAACAAGGUACCAUUCAUUGGAUCAGCUGGAGAAAAAUGGCGACAACGUCAAUCACGUUAUCAACUACCACCACAGGAUUCUGAUGUUAGAUAUUGUGAAGAUUUAAAUGCAGAAGAAGCGGAUACAUUGCGAAUGUUUGAAAGAACUCGAAAAACUGAAUGCCUGGGAAGUGGUGUUGUUCAAUAUGCUCCAUUUGAUACAAAAUGUGAAAAGUGUCCAAAACGUCUUGAAGAAGGAGAAAUCAGUGUGAUGGCUGCAAGAACUGGAAAAAGAUAUCAUCCAUCGUGUUUUCGGUGUCAAACGUGUGAUGUUCUACUUGUUGAUUUGAUUUAUUUUGCACACGACAAUCAGAUCUACUGUGGAAGACACCAUGCUGAACAGGUCAAGCCGAGAUGUGCCAAGUGUGAUGAGGUCAUCUUCGGGGAUGAAUGCUUAGAAGCUGAAGGACGAUCGUGGCAUUUUCAUCAUUUUCAAUGUGCACAAUGCAAUGAUGUUCUAGCUGAUCAAAAAUAUAUGCAGAGAGCAAACAAACCCGUGUGCUUGAAAUGUUUUCACUCAUCUUCAUCAACAUUUUCAUGUACAACAUGCCGUCUUUCAUUCUCUUCUGACACUCCACAUAUGUCACAAGGAGAUCUUCAUUGGCACGCGUCUGCGGAAUGCUUUUGCUGUUGUGUUUGCUCCAAAAACUUGCUCGGCGUGAAAUAUUCGCGAGUUGGUGAAUCCCUAUUUUGUGGAUAUCAAACAUGUGGUGGAGAAGACGAAGAGUUGCUUGAUGAGGAUCGGUUGGGUUCGCCGCAUCGAAAAGUGACACAAAAAUCCACAAAAGUGGUUCGUAUCCCAGCUUCUCCGAGGGUUGCACCACGUCAUCCUCAUGUCAUUCAACAGAAUUUGACGACGACAAUGACGAUUCAGAAACCAAGUGUGGUUAUUCAAAAUCAACGACCAAAACCACCACAAAGAGCUCCUCCACCUCCUCCAUCAGAAAAUAUAUAUGAAACUGUUCUACCAUGUUCAUCGAAUAAUAGUCCAAAUUUCGAUAAGAAGUACUCUCAUGAGCUUCCUACAUCUCCUAACCACCAUAAUUACUACUCAAAAACACCAAAUAAUCUGCUUACUGGGUAUCCCGAAAUGGAUGGAUAUAGUACAUCAUCUUCGUCGGAUUCAGAUGAUGAACAGCUUUACAUUUCAAAUAUUAUGGCAGCCGCCUCGUUGAGUAGAGUUCCUGCAAAGUCUUCCAGUCGUAAAUCAAAGAAAAAUGAACCAAUGAUGAUGUCGGGAGGCGGUGUUCGAAUGGCAAAGAAAAAGAAAAGUUCCAGAUGUACAGUAUCUUGAUAUACUUGUCCAAACAUUUACUGAAUUCCUGAAAAGCCCAUGUGAUUCUUUUAUACUUCUUCUUCAAUUUUAAGCCUUUUCCUUCGUUUUUUUCUGCACGGUGAAUUGUCCCAUUUUAUUAAUUCAAUAUUGAACCUAUUUUUAACACCCAGCCAACAGUGCAAGUAAUGUAAAACUUAUUUCAAAUGAAUAUUCACUUCUCAUUUGUCCGAAUUCCAACACUGCUUCAAUGAAAUAAAUUUAUCUGAACUGGAUUUGAAUGUUUGGUCCAUUUCAAAAUAAUUUA